GAAGCAGAGUAGAGUAGUGAGAGGCAGAGACACUGAGGAGGAUUCACCUCUGACUGAAUGAAAACUUUCUAGGGACGAUAGAAGUGAUCAUUUAGGAGUUCUGGGACAUAAGUUUAAAAGAAAGUCUGAUUUGACCUUUGAUUUGGUGGAUAAAGAGACAUUUCUGGACAUCAUGGAUGAGGAAUCACCCAGCCAGGAGACAUCUGAGUCCACAGAGACAACCAGUCAGACUGACACCAACAACAACAACCAGAUAGAUGAGCCAGAGCUGGAGGAGAGUAAAGACCCAGAGAGAGAGCUUCCAACAAGGAAGACACUCGAGGGUCAGGGGGUAAUGGAGGUGGGGGAGAAGGGGGAGGAGCAUCCAGUUCCAGAACAGGAAGGAGAAGAGGAGACCAGCACUGGAGAUACAAACAAGGCCCAAACUACUCCAUCAGAGCAUCUUGAAGGUGAAGCCGAAGAAGAUGGACACGAUAAAAACAAAGCCUCCACUGAUGUCGAGGUGAAAGAUCCUGAAGCAACAAGUGGAGAAAAAGACGGGGAGGGAGAGGGGAAGGAAGACAAAAAAAGUGAGCGUGUGGAUGAGGUGAAGAGCUGCGAGACUGGGAAAGAUGGAGAGGAAAAGACAGACAAGAACAAAGAGAAAAAGAAGAGUGAAACAGAAGAAAAGCCAAAAGAAGCAGAAAAAGAUAUGAAUGAAAAAGCAGCAAAAGGGGCAGAGAAGAAAAAUCAAGCCGAGGAAGAAAAACUAGAAACAAAAGACAAAGGAAAAAUGAAGGAGGCAGAAAAGCAAGCAAAGCCAAAAAGAAAGAGUGCUCCUCCCUCCUCUGCUCUCACACGACCGAGACCAUCUGCACGCUCGAUCAGAGCAGCUGCAAAAAACGACAUCAUUGCCAAGUUCCAACAAGGUGCACCAGAGACACCAAUACCCCGCAACUUCAAAAUUCAGAAGUCAGCUACAGCUGGAGCUAUGGGAGCUUCAAUCAAACAGAAGAUGCUUCAGUGGUGUCGCAACAAGACUCGCCGUUAUGAGGGUGUCGACAUAGAAAACUUCUCAUCCUCCUGGAGCGAUGGGCUGGCGUUCUGUGCUCUGAUCCAUCGCUUCUUCCCUGAUGCUUUUGACUUCAGCACCCUGAAUCCAAAGGAGAGAGAGAAAAACUUCACCCUGGCCUUCCAGACUGCAGAGUCCCUGGCUGACUGCUGCCCUCUGCUGGAAGUGGAAGACAUGCUCAUGAUGGGCAAGAACCCAGACCCCAUGUGUGUGUUCACAUAUGUCCAGUCCCUCUGCCAUAGCCUCUCCAAAAUCGAGAAAGAGAGGAAAGACAAAGAAAAGGAGGAGAAGGACAAAAAGGCCGGUGAUGAGAAAGAAGAGAAGGGAGAAGGAGCAGCAGGAGAGGUGUCACUGGAGAAAGAAGAGGGAGAGUCUGCUGAGGACGGGACGAUGGAGAGCCAAGAGGAGAAGCAGGGAGAAGAUACAGAGACAGAGGCAGCUGGAGAGGAGGAACAUGCACCAGGCAGCUGUGAGAUGGAGGGAGAUGGAGAAGUGUCAGUCAAGGCAGAGUCCUAAAAAUACUGACAGCAAACACAAAGACUGAAAAGACCAAAAGAAAUGUUCUGUACUUCAAUGAGUAGCCGAAGUCUUAGUUUGGUGUUGGAUUGACUAGUGGCAAUGUGAUGUUAUUUAGCUGUAUGUUUGUGUGCUUUUGUAUAUGUUUGUUUUGAUCACAUAAAACUUAAAUCUUCUUCCAUUUGCUGUGUAUUUAUAGAAAAAAAUGAAUUAAAUGAUGGACUUGCGAGAUUAAAAAAGUUGU